CAAAUCGAAAUGGUCUAUUUACCCCAUUUGGGAAAGAGAGAGAUGCAUCUUUAUUCUUCUUUGAAUAACUUUGCUUUAUUUUGCUUUUCUUUGAUAAAGGUAAAAGAUGAUGAAUCCACAAUAUACAGGGGAAUUGAAUGAUAUGUAAAAGCUAGCUCAAAGUUUUAUAUUCAAAGUAUCAGAAUCCAAAGACCUCCUCCUCCACUACUACUACUUCUACUACUACUCUUCUGUACAUCAGUUUUGAUUCUGCUGAGAAUCCUUACAAACCAAUGGUUGCAGCCAAGAAUCCUUAAAUCCCAUAAUUCUGUUCUUGAUAUCUUAAGCUAUAAUGGCUGUUUUUGAUCAUUUUAAACUGGCUCUCUUCCCAUAUCUUCUUCUCCUAAUCUUCCUCUGUUCUACUGCUACUUUAAGCUCUGCAUCACACAAUCUGCUUCUUAGAAGGCAGGCUUCAAUCCUUAUUUCUCUGAAAGAGAACUUUGUGAUUGAUCCCUUAAGCCCUUCUGUUUUGGAUAGCUGGAAUAUGUCAAACCACAUGUAUCUUUGCAUGUGGAAUGGCAUAACAUGUGAUGAGAACAGAUUAGUAGUUUCUUUAGACAUUUCCAAUUUGAACAUCUCUGGCUCUUUCUCCCCUGCACUUACUGAACUUCGCUCUCUUGUGAAUAUUUCGCUUGCUGGAAACAACUUCAACGGCGAUUUCCUGCCGGGAAUCGAGAGGCUCGAGAUUCUGCGGUUUCUCAACAUUUCCAACAAUGUUUUUAGUGGAAACUUGAGUUGGGAUUUUUCCCACCUACAGGAACUUCAAGUUCUUGAUGUGUAUAACAACAAUUUUUCCGGCCUUCUUCCAGUUGGUGUCACUCAACUGCAGAAGCUGCAGCAUUUGAACUUGGGAGGAAAUUACUUUGCCGGGCAAAUACCAUCUAGCUAUGGAAGUAUGCAGCAGCUCAGUUAUCUCUCCUUAGCAGGAAAUGGUUUAGAGGGAUUCAUCCCUCCAGAGCUUGGAAAUCUCACUAAUCUGCAGUGGCUUUACUUGGGAUAUUUCAACAAAUUUGGUGGCGGUAUUCCAGCAGAACUUGGAAAGCUUAUCAAUUUGUUGCAUUUGGAUCUUGCAAGUUGUGGAUUAGAUGGUCUUAUUCCAGCUGAAUUAGGCAAUCUGGAAAGCUUGGAUACUCUCUUUUUGCAAACCAAUCAGCUGAGUGGUUCAAUUCCUCCUGAGUUGGGAAACUUGACUAACUUAAAGUCUCUUGAUCUUUCAAAUAAUGCACUCACCGGAGAGAUUCCAGUUGAGCUUUCAGCACUCCAGGAGCUGACCCUUUUGAACAUAUUCAUGAAUAAGCUUCAUGGUGAAAUUCCAAGGUUUGUGGAAGAGCUACCUCACUUGGAAGUGUUGAAACUCUGGAGAAAUAACUUCACUGGAUCUAUUCCUUCAAAGCUUGGACAGAAUGGUAACCUCGUGGAACUCGACUUUUCGACUAACAAGCUCACUGGAAAGGUCCCAAGUAGUCUAUGUUCUGGACAGAGGCUGACAAUCUUGAUCUUGUUCAACAAUUUUCUGCUUGGUCCUUUACCUGAAGAACUUGGUAACUGUACUAGUCUUUCUAGAGUCAGACUUGGGCAGAAUUUCUUGAGUGGCUCUAUCCCACAAGGAUUUCUUUACUUGCCUGAUCUUACUCUAGUGGAAUUGCAGAACAAUCUCUUAAGUGGACACCUUGAAGAUUCAAGCAGCAUUGCAUCUACUAAACUGGAGGGGCUUAACCUCUCGAAUAAUCGCUUAUCCGGUCCUCUUCCAACAUCCAUUGGGAUGUUUUCUGGCUUGAAGAACCUUCUUUUGAGUGGAAAUCACCUUGCAGGCAGCAUUCCUUCUGAAGUUGGCAAACUGAGUAGCAUCUUGAAGUUAGACUUGAGCAAGAACAACUUUUCUGGUAACAUUCCUCCUGAAAUUGGUAACUGUUCAUCUCUCACUUAUUUAGAUUUGAGCCAAAAUCAAAUUUCAGGUCCAAUACCUGUCCAGAUUGCUCAAAUUCAUAUAUUGAACUACUUCAAUGUUUCUUGGAACCAAUUGAACCAGAACCUUCCCCAAGAAAUUGGUUCCAUCAAAAGCCUAACAUCUGCAGAUUUUUCCCACAACAAUUUCACUGGUGCGAUACCUGAAACUGGACAAUAUUCCAUUUUCAACACCACAUCUUUUAUUGGGAAUCCUGAUCUUUGUGGAUCCUACUUAAAUCCUUGCAACUAUUCAUCUGCUACUGAGUUCGAACAUAACUACCAAAGUGAUGGCAAAUCAAAGGUCCCAGCCAAGUACAAGCUCAUAUUCGCAUUGGGACUGCUGUUCUGUUCUCUAGUUUUCGCUGCUUUGGCGAUCAUUAAGACCCAAAAUGUACGAAAACAUUCGAGGUCAUGGAAGCUCACGGCGUUUCAAAAGCUAGAAUUCGGAAGUGAGGACAUCUUAGAGUGCUUGAAACAAGACAACAUCAUAGGGAGAGGUGGAGCAGGGACAGUCUACAAAGGUAUAAUGCCGAAUGGCGAGCAAGUAGCAGUGAAAAGGCUGGGAAUAAGCAAAGGUUCUCAUGAUCAUGGCCUGUCAGCAGAAAUCCAAACUCUCGGGAAGAUCAGGCACAGAUACAUUGUGAGGCUGCUUGCAUUUUGUUCAAAUAAAGAGACGAAUUUGCUCGUGUAUGAAUACAUGCCGAAUGGGAGUUUAGGUGAACUUCUUCAUGGAAAGAGUGGAGCUUAUCUGCAGUGGGAUACUAGGCUAAAGAUUGCCUUGGAAGCAGCCAAAGGGCUGUGUUAUUUGCACCAUGAUUGCUCCCCUCUGAUCAUUCAUCGAGACGUGAAGUCCAAUAACAUCUUGCUUAGUUCGGAUUUUGAGGCUCAUGUAGCAGAUUUUGGCUUGGCAAAGUUCUUACAAGAUAAUGGCACAUCAGAAUGCAUGUCUGCAAUUGCAGGCUCUUAUGGCUACAUUGCUCCAGAGUAUGCUUACACAUUGAAAGUCGACGAAAAGAGCGACGUUUACAGCUUUGGUGUUGUCCUGUUGGAAUUAAUAACGGGGCGAAGGCCGGUUGGUGAUUUUGGAGAAGAAGGACUAGAUAUUGUGCAGUGGGCAAACAUGAAGACAAAUUGGAGCAAAGAAGGGGUGGUGAAGAUACUUGAUGAAAGGCUUAAAAAUGUUCCGUUGAGUGAAGCAAUGCAGGUUUUCUUUGUUGCAAUGUUGUGUGUUCAAGAGCAUAGCAUUGAGAGGCCUACAAUGAGAGAAGUAGUCCAAAUGCUUGCUCAAGCUAAGCAACCUAACACUUUCAAUAUCCAAUGAGUGAAAUUCUUUAGACCUAUUCGGAUAAAUUAAUCGUCUUGAGCCAACAACAAACAACUAGCAAACUGAGUUAUGAUCAUUCACAAAAAGAGCUAACACAAUAUGAUGGAUGGAGUUAAUAUGGUCAUUUCAAGCAUUGGUAGGUGGUCAAAUGUGGGAAGUAGUACAUGAAGGUAUGAAGCAGAUGGAAGUCCUGUGCAGGUAGGGAACUGAGACACAGAUGAAUUAUUGAGUCAUGAUUUAUAUAUAGUGGGAUGUUGUUCUUUUGGUGUAGUUUUCUUUGUUUCAAGAGUUUGAUUGAUUUUCUGCUUCUUUUUCGGUAACCACCAUUUUGGAAGCAUUUAGCUUGUUUCUAGCUCCUGUCUAUAGCAUUGUAUUAAAGCAGCUGUAGAAUAUUCUUUGACCUUUUUUAGAUGAGAACUGGAGGUCAUAUUAUUUAUAUAUUGACCUUUAUAUAUUUGGCUAGUCUCUUUGAUGGAAUGAUUGUAGAUGCACAUAGCCUUCUAGUUCCUAAAUUAUCUGAGCACAAUAUAAUAUGACCACCAAAAACUGUGUUCGGAAAUUG